CUGAGGGAGGCCCCCCCACCGGCGCCUGCGCAGUGAGAGGCUGAGGGAGCGCCUCCAGCGCCUAAGCAGUGAGAGCCAAGGGGACCUCGCCGGCGCUUGAAGGAGCUCGCCUGCGCAGUGAGAGGCUGAGGGAGCCCCUACCGGCGCCUGCGCAGUGAGAGCCAGCGGGACCUCGCCGGCCCUUGAGGGAGCCGACCGGCGCCUGCGGAGUGAGAGGCUGAGGGAGCCCCCCCCCCACCGGGCGCCUGCGCAGUGAGAGCCAGCGGGACCUCGGCGCUUGAGGGAGCCGACCGGCGCCUGCGCAGUGAGAGGCUGAGGGAGCCCUCCCCCCCCACCGGGCGCCUGCGCAGUGAGAGCCAGCGGGACCUCGGCGCUUGAGGGAGCCGACCGGCGCCUGCGCAGUGAGAGGCUGAGGGAGCCCUCCCCCCCCCCACCGGGCGCCUGCGCAGUGAGAGCCAGCGGGACCUCGGCGCUUGAGGGAGCCGACCGGCGCCUGCGCAGUGAGAGGCUGAGGGAGCCCUCCCCCCCCCCCCACCGGGCGCCUGCGCAGUGAGAGCCAGCGGGACCUCGGCGCUUGAGGGAGCCGACCGGCGCCUGCGCAGUGAGAGGCUGAGGGAGCCCUCCCCCCCACCGGCGCCUGCGCAGUGAGAGGCUGAGGGAGCGGCGCCGGGCAACGGGAGCGGCGAGUGUUCGGGGGCGGCCGAGCCGCCAUCGCCGCCAUGAGUCGCAGUUACAACGAUGAGCUCCUCUACCUGGACAAGAUCCACAAGAACUGCUGGAGGAUCAAGAAGGGCUUCGUGCCCAACAUGCAGGUGGAAGGAGUAUUCUAUGUGAACGAUCCUCUAGAGAAGCUCAUGUUUGAGGAGUUAAGAAAUGCCUGCCGAGGUGGUGGUGCUGGUGGCUUCCUGCCGGCCAUGAAGCAGAUCGGCAACGUGGCCGCCCUGCCCGGGAUCGUUCACCGAUCUAUUGGGCUUCCCGACGUCCACUCUGGUUAUGGAUUUGCCAUUGGGAAUAUGGCCGCCUUUGACAUGAGUGACCCAGAAGCGGUGGUGUCCCCAGGUGGCGUCGGAUUUGAUAUCAACUGUGGCGUCCGCUUGCUGAGAACCAACUUGGAUGAAAGUGACGUCCAGCCGGUGAAGGAGCAGCUCGCCCAGGCCAUGUUUGACCACAUCCCCGUCGGGGUGGGAUCUAAGGGGGUGAUCCCCAUGAAUGCCAAGGACCUAGAAGAGGCCCUGGAGAUGGGUGUGGACUGGUCCUUACGAGAGGGCUAUGCCUGGGCCGAGGACAAGGAGCACUGUGAGGAGUACGGACGGAUGCUGCAAGCUGACCCCAACAAGGUGUCCGCACGGGCUAAGAAGAGAGGCCUGCCCCAGCUAGGGACCCUGGGAGCGGGAAACCACUAUGCCGAAAUCCAGGUGGUGGAUGAGAUUUUUAACGAGUAUGCCGCCAAAAAAAUGGGCAUCGACCACAAAGGGCAAGUGUGCGUGAUGAUCCACAGCGGCAGCAGAGGUCUGGGCCAUCAGGUCGCUACAGAUGCCCUGGUGGCUAUGGAAAAGGCUAUGAAACGGGACAAGAUCAUAGUGAAUGACCGCCAGCUGGCCUGCGCCCGAAUCUCCUCUCCCGAGGGACAGGACUACCUGAAGGGAAUGGCGGCCGCUGGCAACUACGCCUGGGUCAACCGCUCUUCCAUGACUUUCCUAACCCGACAGGCCUUUGCCAAAGUCUUCAACACAACCCCUGAUGACCUGGACCUACAUGUGAUUUAUGAUGUAUCUCACAAUAUUGCCAAGGUAGAACAGCAUGUGGUGGAUGGAAAAGAGCGAACUCUUCUGGUACACAGGAAAGGGUCCACCAGGGCUUUCCCUCCUCACCAUCCCCUCAUUGCUGUUGAUUAUCAGCUGACCGGACAGCCCGUGCUGAUCGGUGGGACCAUGGGGACCUGCAGCUAUGUACUCACCGGCACCGAGCAGGGCAUGACCGAGACCUUCGGAACAACCUGCCACGGAGCUGGCCGUGCACUGUCCCGAGCAAAAUCUCGACGAAAUUUGGACUUCCAGGACGUUUUAGAUAAACUGGCAGACAUGGGAAUCGCGAUCCGCGUUGCUUCACCCAAACUGGUGAUGGAAGAGGCUCCGGAAUCCUAUAAAAACGUCACAGAUGUGGUGAAUACCUGUCACGAUGCCGGCAUUAGUAAGAAAGCCAUUAAACUGAGACCUAUCGCUGUUAUCAAAGGCUAGUGACCCGACCAGGAUCAUACGAAAACCCAGGCGUCACCAGACUUGGCUGAGAAAUGGACUGGAAUUCUACCCCGUCUCCAAAUCACUGUCCUGACUCCUGAGUUUGCAGCUUUCACUUCCCAUUUCCAAAAUGACUGACAGGAUAGGUUGCUCCUUUGGUUAUCCGGCCUUUCUUAAAGGGCAGUGCUGCCUCUUCUAAGAAAGUACUAAUGAAUUUCUCUACUCUUACGCGAUCCUCAAUUUUUACUUUGAAAAAAGAAAUCAGCUCAGUCAGUAACUAGCAUCAGAGAUGUAAAGCCCACCAUCCGGGGACAGGCUUACCAGAAAGUCUCGACGUAGCUUGACAGGUGUUGAGGGGAAAUUCCCCCAAAAGACCCGAAUCAUCUAAACUUUAGUACACGCAAGCCUUACUGACGGGAUAAAAGCUCGGCUACCUGACGGCGUAUUGGGGCAUUAGCUGAAUAGCUAGUGGGGAAAACUACGUUUGAUCCUUGUCCCGAGGGGAGUUUGGUUAGCAACCUCUCACCCUGAAGGCAAAGGCUGAAAUAAAAGACCUUCUUGGUACGUACGCUGUCCCAUCGUAUCUAAUGGAUACCUCUGCAUUUAGUAAAUAAAUGCUAAAUCAUCCCAACUGUGAGGUUGAGAGUGGCUCUUGGGCCUGAUUAGCUGCAAGCACUCCGGUUGAGACUGAGCACAUCUCAUUUUCCGAUCUGUAUCCACUGGAACGGAACCCCGGAUGGUGAAUUACAGAGACCUUGGUGUGACCAAGCGAUCAAUAAAAUGGAGAUAGCAUAAAUCA